UUAUAUACAGAAAAUAUGGUUUUACAGGAAUAUCAGCUAAGGUUAGAAAGAGGAGAUACAGAAGUGUUGGAUUAUGUACCUACAACUAUGUCCAUUGAAAAUGCGUGUGCUGCCACAAGCAGUAGUAGCCAGUUACCUUCUACUGAUGAAGCGCCUGAAUACGUGGAAAGAGAAGACAGCAACGAACUAAGCUUUGAUGAUAUACUUAAUAUUUGCAGAGAAGAAAAUGCUGAAAUUCCCGCUCAAGAAAAUGUUGCACCCAAUUCUCAAACAAUUCCUGAAAGUCUUGCUCAAAAUGUAGCAUACAAUUCGCAAAAAACUGUACCUAAUCGGCGAAGAACUGAAGAAAUUCGACGAAAACGUAGAGAGCGAGUUGGAGUACAACUGCAAGAAGCUCGUGAAAACUUCAGUAAAAUAGCAGAAAAGCACGCUGAGGCCUUAAAAAUAUUUGCAGAAGCAUCAAUGAAGCAAUCACAAAAUGACUCGCGACGCGUAAUAUUAGAAGAAAAGCGACUUCAACUAGAAGAAAAAAAAUUGAAAUAGAGGAACAGAUGAGCAAGGUUCUUUCAACUUUAAUAGAGAAGCUAAAUUAAGUGAUGUGAA